CUAGCUUUCGUUAUGUAACUAGCAGCAGCACUCAAGUGUCACACAAUCCGGUAACACCGCGACGCUCCCUGGUCUCGCGAUAAAAAAGGACGAGAAUUUGUGGACGGUCCCUAAAGUUUCUGAUGAAAUCUCCCCGCAGCAAGAAGACGGACACACCGACACACGGAAGCGACGCGCAGAUACGCUUUUAAUUCGGGAAAAGCCUGGAGGUUAUAAACAACGGAUCGAUAUUUUGUGAAACAGUUAAACCCGAAGAACGAAGCAAAAGAAUUGUUUGUUUCCUGAUAGAAUAUUUCAAAUUAAACGUCACUCCUGUCAAAGCUAACUGCUAAGCUAACUAGCUUCUUCCGUUAAGCUAAUCUGCUAGCCUCAGCCCUUGGAAUCCGCGGACCUCAAGCCGUCCGUUCCCUCUUCCCCGGAUAUAUAAAGCGGUCUUUAAAAAGAAAAUGGCUCGUCUUACAUCGUCACAUCUGGACUCGUCCACCUUUUUUUCUGUCGCCGUCUUCCCCAAGUUCUCUACCAGAAAGAAGUCCAAUCACCACUCUCACAAUAGCGUUAACGCCGCGGAGCGCGCCGGUCUCACGGAGAUCAUUCACUGGGUUCCUUCUUGCUGCGGUGGUCGGUAUGUGUGCCAGUGUAUGUAAAGAAAACCUCCAUGUUAACUAAUCUCACUAAACGUGUAUCAUACAUGGAUAUUAACUGCUCCCGUUGACCCGGGCCGGAGCCGCUGCAGCCAUCGACAGUUUGACAGCUGUCACAUUCGCCGCCGAGCUGCCGCAUGAGAUAUCGGUUUUCUCAGGUCGCAUAGUUUAUAUUUUUGCACUUUUUAACUUAACUAGAAAAAAUGUUAAAAUAUUUUAGCGGUGACGGACAUUUAUCGGGCGGACAUAGUUCGUCCUCCCCGGCCGGGCGUGGACUCUCCUCUCCCGGGCUUGAAGCUCAGGAAAGCUCGUGGCUCGGCCUACUGUCAAGGCCCGCAAUGGCAUUAUUGCAACGAUACCUCCCGGGCCGACCACAGGCCUCCAUCAGGGCGGAAACCGGAGCCGACUGGAUCAGUGGGGGUUUAAAAAACAGCUUUGUUGAUGAGGAAAGCGAGCUUUUAAGACAGCUAGACGACAUGAAGCCACUCGCACAGCACCCAGCCCCUCACCUGACCCACUCGCGGCAUCAGCAGGACAGGGCCUCCGGCUGCGCAGAGCCUUGGGGCGGCAGCACUUUAACGUGGUUCCCCGCUGAUUCUCUGCUGGAAAUGGGAAUUCAAACCUCGGAGGAAAUGGACUUAAUUUUCUGCCCGCAAACCCAGAUUGGAUACGUUUCUUCUGUCAAGACUUUUUUCAGUCAUGAUCUGUUGAGCUUGGUGUCAUCUCAGGAAAUUAGUCCCCUAGGAGGGAAGGACUGGGAGCCUGCGGGUCAUCCGGGAAAGAUCUGCGGGGGUAAAAGCAGGACUUGGUGGGGCAGCUUCUGGGAAGGCGAGAGCUUACGAAGAGGGCUGUUAUCAGAUGUGUCCAGGGCCGGGGAGGUCUCCGUCACAGGCUGUCUUUGUCCACAACAACCAGUGGUGGAAACAAAAGUAAACGGAACAACAGGUCUGUUUGUCCAGUGCGAUGGCCAGGGAUGGACGCCGGGAGAAAACGCUGGACUGACGCUCCUCAAAGAGGAGCUGUCGCACAACAGAGGCCUUCCAACAGCCUCGAACACGGAAGGCUCCGCCACGGACUGCCGGCCCAAAAUCGGUAACCACCUAAGCGGUUCAGGAGCUGCCGCCGCCUGCAGCGAGGUGGCACUUCUGACCCCUGAUCAGGACAAUGGUUACUCCAGUCUAGAGGAGGAACACUUACAGAUGGGCCACCUCAGCAUGAAAGUACCGAGUGAAGUGCAGCCGCAGCAGGAGGUCGAUCCAGUUGAAAAUUGCACCGCUGUCGAGGCAGAGAUGGAGGUAGAGAGCUCUGAGGAGGGUGAGGCUAAAAUUGGAAUUGAGGAGGAGGAGGAGAAGGCUAAAUCAGGACUUGAAGAGGAAGAGUCCGUUGAGGGAAUAUCGCUCACUCAUCCCGAGUGCCAAAAUAGAGCCAUUGCCUUCAUCAUGGGAUGCCCCUGCAGUGACGACAGUAGCCAAUCAGACGGGACCUCCAGUGACGACGACGAGGACGACUAUGAUGAUGAUGAUGAUGAUGAUGCAGGCUUUAAAAGCGAGGGCUCGUCUGAUCAGUCUGAUUUGACAGACGAUGAUGAUGAUGAUGAAGAGGACGAUGAAGCCUCAGACUCCGAGGCAGACACUGAGGCGGAGCGCAUGUGGCGCUCUCUUUGCAAAAGUGUUGAUCCCUACAACCCCCGUAACUUCACCGCCCAGCAGCACACAGUCACCUCGCCACCCAGGCCCAUUCCCGCCGCCACGCCUCCAUCCUCCGCCCUGUCCACCCCGGCGUCCUCCCCCGACGUCACCCCGCUGCCGCUCUCCAACCUCGUAGCCUCCUCUCCCCUCACCUCGUCCUCCCCUCCGUCCGGCAGCGACACGUGGGACGACUCCACCUCAGCCAGCGAGGUGGACGAAGCGGAAAGCCUCCGCCUGUUUAGCUCCUUCGGCUGCUCCUCGGACCCUUACAGCCCCUUUAACUUCCAGGCAACCUUCAGGAGUUCGGGGCCCGUAGAGGAGGUGGGGCCCAGGGCCAGGCCAAAGAAGGCCUCCCAGACUCUCUCCUGCUCCCUGCGCCUUAACCCGGCGUCUCCACCUGAGUACAGGAAGGAGGAGGCUGAGGAGAGGCUGGACAGUGGCUUCUCUGAACCCUCCACCUCCUCUGGCUGCUCCACCACGCAGCGCUCCAGCACGACCAAAAAGGUUCGUUUCUGUGACGAUGUGGAGGAGUUCUUUGCCAGCUGUGGGGAGGAGGAGGAGGACCGGCGGGGCCCCUGGGAGGAGCUGGCCCGCGAUCGCUGCCGAUUCCAGCGGCGCUGCCAGGAAGUGGAGCAGAGCAUCGACUACUGUCUGCAGCCACAGCACCGCACCCUGGUGUACCGCCGCCUAGUCACUGUCCUCUACAUCCAGGACGCCUGAGCACCCUCAAGCUGUCAUGAGUCCUGGACGCCAGAGGACAACUACUCCCAUCUGUCCUCCACGUGCUCGACAACGAAGGAGGAUACGUCCUGGAAGCACGAGGGUCGAGCCCUUCUUUACUUCCUGGAAGCACGAGGGUCGAGCCCUUCUUUACUUCCUGGAAGCACGAGGGUCGAGCCCCUCUCUACUUCCCGGAAGCACGAGGGUCGAUCUGGACGCCUGACUGACCUUGUAGGUCGACGUUGGUCAUACUGACGAAAUGAAAAGCUGCACUUGUUGAGCAGUGAGACACUACGGAGACACUGAGCAUGUGGACAGACUGGGACUUGCUGACUCUUUACUGACUGACUUGUUGUCUGUUUGAUUCUGCAGCUUCGUCUCUCUGGACUGACGCGCUUCACGACCAACCGCUUUGGUGAAAUACCGGCUGGUGAUGUGAAGGGUUUCUUCACUCAGUAGAAAAGCCCUCCCUGUGUUCUGAUUGGACAGCGUCGCCUCUUUUUAUUUUCUUUAGAGAAGGAGAGACCUGUUUGAUCGUGCAGUUUACAUUUUCAAUUUAAAUCACACACAGAAACAAGCAGCUGUUUUUAUUAAAACACUCAAGGAAAAGUUUAUAAAAUACUAACAUGGAACCAUCAAUUCAUAUCGACAAUUGUUCUAUAAUUAAGUUUUUUGACUAAUUUGAAAACUUGUUUUUUGCUUAUCUUAUUGAUCAUUGCAGCAGCUUCUUUCUGUGACUCGCAGGUCUUCACAGAAUAACUGGAUGGAACCGGUCUGAGGAGGAUUCAGCGACUCUUUUGAGCUCCUAGUUUAAAGUUUAAAACCAAAGAUUUGAAGCUUGUGUGAGUGACUGUUGGAGGAACUGAGGUGUUGAAUCCGAUCGAUUUUUGCAUGAAUCUUUGUCAUUAAUGUAGGAAAUGCUCCCCUACCUCCUCUCGCACUGAUCACUCAUCAUCAGUAAGUAGUGUUCUGCCUCUAAUCAGUAUAUUGAUGGUAGUAUUGCACCCGAAGCAUAAUAAGUGUUGAUUAAUAAAAUAAAGCUGGCAAAAUAACGUAAAUUUGAAAGCUGAGACCAGAUGUCCUAAGUAAUAGUUGAUAUAAUUUAGUUAUUUCUUGAAUACAUUUAUUUUGCAUUUUAGUUCAGUGACGUCGUUUCUCCAAAGAUGAACUUCUCAUGAUGUCUGUGGAGAAUAUUUAAAGAGACGGGAAUAAAUAGUUCACUUGGAGAGCUGAUACUAGCGUAAUUAACUUUUUGAUUAAUCAAUUCACUUUUCUAUAAAAUGGAGAAAUGUCUCGUAGUUCCACAGUUUGAAGUUUCCCCCCAAAAAAGAAAGCAAAGAAAAAAUGUCAUUUCAGAAGAUUGACUUUUGGUACUAAUAUCUAAUUUUAAUAAUAAACUGUUCGUAUGAACCUUUGCGUAAAACUAAACGGGCAGUUCAGUAUUCAUCUAAAAAUUUCAAUUUUCAAAAGAAUAACAAAUUGGAACUUGGCGGAUGUAGGACGUUUUGUAACAUCUAAACAGCUGUAUUUUGAUGGUAUUCAUGUUGUACAUUGUUUUUCCUGGUCUUGAUUUUCUUGCAGUGUUACCAGUUUAAAACUAGACAGACGUUCACUAUUCUGUUUAUGGCUCACAAUUACUUCUUUUGAUGCAUCUCUUGACUGUCACAUUGAAAGUUGUCAAUGCUUUUAUUGUGACGCUGCAUCGGUAGGAAAUAUUUUAUUUUGUCAAUGCGUUACCUCCUCAAGCAACCGAUACAGCUGUUUUAUUAACAUUAAAUCGUCUUUCAGAUUGUGACCUGAACCUGAAAGAAACAGAUGUUUUAUUUUCACAAAAGAAAUCUAUCGUAUAUCAGAGGAACCGACAGUUUGCUUCAUCCAACAACUCAUUGUUAAUUGUGGCUACGCACGUGACGUGGGUAAUGUGUUUGGAAUUAUCUAUUCUGAGUCGGGGGUUAAAUAGUGAAGUGUCUGCAUGCUGCACUAAUCAAUGAAGUCUGCACACAGGAAGCGUGUGCACGAGGAUCGGGAUCCACUGGGGGGGGGGGGGUCUGGUGUCUUCUGUCAGCUAGUAUUCAAUAAGAAGAAAGGGAAUGCCUCGUUUCUAAAUGUACUUCUAUAGCAGCAGGUUGGAAACGACGGGAUGAAUGUUUGGGAUUAUUUCAGUCAGAAAAAAGGUUUUAUUUUUCUAAUGCUUUUGUUUCAGUGGGUACCUCCGUCUGCAUUGUUUCCUCACAAAUAAUAUAUCUCAUUAAUAAUUAAAUCAACAUUUAAUGAUCAUA